AACUUCAACCCGCAGGAUCGUAGCGCAGCGCAAGACCGGUCGAGAGGUUAUUAUUAUAAGCCAUGAUGAAUACUGUUAAGGCUGUUAAAAAUGCAAUAGUUUGUCUUGUUCUGCUGCCUCGUUUUCUGAUGGCAGCCGUAAUAUUUUGGCUGCUUGACUUUUUAUGCAUAAGGAAAAGGGUAUUCUUCAGGAUGAAGGAGCAGGAGGGCGAUGCCAUCGAUCCCCCGCUGUGCAUAUCCGAUUCCAAUCGCAUGUUCAGCUUGGAGUCGCUCAAGGCGGUCUGGCACGGACAUAAAUUGGACUUUCUGAAAGCAGCGCAUCUCGGACACGGAGCGCCCAACACCGAAGUUGUUCAGCUGGAGGAUCAGAGGCGCAGUCGGAUCCUCGAUUACGCAAAGGACAAGAGACCGCUCAUCCUGAACUUUGGCAGCUGCACCUGACCACCUUUCAUGGCGCGUCUGAAGGCUUUCCAGGGGGUUGUGCAACAGUAUGCAGACAUAGCAGACUCUGUAGUUGUGUAUAUAGAGGAAGCGCACCCCUCCGAUGGCUGGAUGAGCUCUGACGCGCCCUACCAGAUUCCCAAGCACCGGUGUCUGGAGGACAGGCUGAACGCCGCGCAGCUGAUGCACCUGGAGGUCCCCGGCUGCCUGGUUGUCGUCGACAGCAUGGAAAACUCCUCCAACGCUGCGUACGGAGCUUACUUCGACAGACUUUAUAUACUUCAAGAUGGGAAAGUAGUUUACCAGGGAGGCAGAGGACCUGAGGGGUAUCGAAUCUCGGAGUUAAGAGACUGGCUUGAUCAAUACAAACAAAAGCUGGAAAAAUCCAGCAAUGUAGUUAUUGAUGUGUAGAAGAAUUUUGUUCAUUUAGAGCUGCUGUGAAAAAUCAGUUGAAUCUCCACAUUUUCAGUAUUACAACUCCACUUAGAUAUAAUUUCUGCGUCAGAUAUACGCUGUCAUUGGUUUGAAUUUAUUUAUUUAUUUGUCAUGGCUGCAUUUAAAUCAUUUUGGUAGAAAGAGAUAUACUACAGUAGGCUCGUUUCAUAUUGGACAUUUAAUUGAGUUACAUAGACACCCUUUUAGGAUCCAGUCCACCCUCAAAAGGUUAGUUUGUUUGUACCUUUGUGAACAAGAGUAGCUUAUUAUCUGUGACAACGUUUUUGUUUUUUAUUUCUUAUUCUAGUGUGAAUGCGUCUAAGGAAUAAAUCAGGAUUGUGUGUGAGUGUGUGAGUGGGUGUGUGUGUGUGUGUGUGUGUGUGUGUGUGUGUGUGUGUGUGUGUGUGUGUGUGUGUGUUCGUCUUUGGCAUCACCCUGCUCCUCAGUAUUGUUGUGAAGUUCGGUUUUUAAACGGAUUCAGUCCAGAGAGCCGAUACUGAUGUCUGUCAUACUGAGGAUCACGGUGAACACGCUGUCUUUUGCCCUGGGCUAAACUGUUUUGUAAAUAUUGUUCACUUUCAUGGAUAUAUUUUUCAUAUAAUAAAACACUUUGAUCUACUUC